AUGCAUGGCGUGAACUGGGCUGGACGUGUCGUCUGUCUGUGCCUCUGCAUUGCAUCCUCGCCUUCCGCCAGCGUGCCUCCUCGCCUUCCCUCCAGCGUGCCUCCUCCCCUUCCCCCCAGCGUUCCUCCUUGCCUUACCCGCAGCGUGCCUCUUCGCCUUGCACCCAGGGUGCCUCCUCGCCUUCCCCACAGCGUGCCUCCUCACCUUGCCUCCAGCGUGCCUCCUCGCCUGCCUUCCCCCCAGGGUACCUCCUCGCCUUCCCCCCAGCAUGCCUCCUCGCCUUACCCCCAGGGUGCCUCCUCACCUUCCCCCCAGGGUGCCUCCUCACCUUCCCCCGUAGCCUACGUACAAGAGGGAUGCUAA